AUGUGGCUGCGUUACAUGCGAGAAUGCUUCUGGUCUAGUCUUUGUUUAUGGUCCUUUUAUGUUGCACAUUCCUGAUAUCAUUUUAAGCUACUACCCUGGUUCAUACCCCAGAAAAGGAGUUGGAUUCUUCAAGUUUCUGGAUCUCCGGCGACCAAGCACUUGACAUUCUUGAUUCUUAUAAGUAGAAUAUGGAGGGCCAAUGUGCAAUCAAGAAAGAUGUUACUGAAUUAAUAGGCAAUACACCAAUGGUAUACCUAAACAACAUCGUGGAUGGCUGUGUGGCCCUUAUUGCUGCUAAGCUAGAGGCAAUGCAACCAUGUUCUAGUGUUAAAGACAGGAUAGCAUAUAGUAUGAUCAAAGAUGCAGAAGAAAAGGGGUUGAUUACCCCAGGAAAGACUGUUCUCAUUGAGGUUACCAGUGGUAACACUGGAAUUGGGCUGGCCUUUAUUGGAGCAGUUAGAGGAUAUAAAGUGAUCCUCAUAAUGCCACCAAUCUGUGGUAUUGAGAAGAGAAUUGUUCCACGAGCUUUUGGAGCUGAGGUGAUUCUUCACGCUGAUAUGUCAAAAGGCAUCCAGGGGUUUUUUGACAAGUCAGAGGAGAUCCUGAGUAAAACACCUAAUGGAUACAUUCUUCAGCAAUUUGAAAAUCCUGCCAAUACAAAGAUCCAUUAUGACACCACUGGCCCAGAGAUUUGGAGAGAUUCAGGAGGGAAAGUUGAUGCCCUGGUUGCAGGGAUAGGAACUGGGGGUACAAUAACAGGUGCAGGGAAAUUCCUCAAAGAGAAGAACCCAGAUAUUAAGGUAUACGGUGUAGAACCAGCUGAAAGCGCCGUCUUAAAUGGUGGAAAACCUGGCCCUCAUCUGAUCCAAGGAAUUGGCACCGGAAUCAUCCCCACUGUUUUGGACGUUGACAUCCUUGAUGAAGUUAUUCAAGUUUCCAGCGAGGAAGCUAUCGAAACUACCAAACAGCUUGCUUUGAAAGAAGGUUUGCUGGUUGGCAUAUCAUCUGGUGCUGCUGCAGCAGCUGCAAUAAGGGUAGCAAAGAGGCCGGAAAAUGCUGGGAAACUUAUUGCUGUGAUUUUCCCCAGUUUUGGAGAGCGAUACUUGUCAUCAGCAUUGUUUGAUUCCAUAAGGCAGGAGGCAGAGAACAUGACCUGUGAUUGAGACAUUAUCAAUGCUCAAUUGCUCAUCUUUUCUAUUACUUUGUGUGAUUUCUCAAGUUUGGACUAUAUAUUUUAUGCUUAAUAAGCCCAGCAUAUAGUGGCCUAGUGGUCACCCCUUACGAGGGAGAGUGCAAGUGCAUAUGGAUCCUUAUGU